AUAACUCAAUUCUCACAAGAAAACAAUAACUUCCAUAAUAACAAGAAUCAUUAAAGAGUAGUAGUGAGUUGCAAAAUGAAAGUUCUUUACUUCCUUGUUAGCAUCUUGGCUUUGACAUCUUCUGUUUCCUUUGCCUAUGACCCAAGUCCUCUCCAAGACUUUUGUGUUGCAAUCAAAGAUCCUAAAGAUGGUGUAUUUGUGAAUGGAAAGUUUUGUAAAGAUCCAGCGCUAGUUAAAGCUGAAGAUUUCUUUGAACAUGUUGAACCUGGGAAUACUUCAAAUGCAUUGGGCUCUCAAGUGACUGCAGUCGCAGUAGAUCAACUAUUCGGAUUAAACACACUCGGUAUUUCUUUGGCUCGCAUUGAUUUUGCACCCAAGGGUUUAAACCCACCCCACACUCACCCUCGAGGCACAGAGAUUCUUAUAGUUCUUGAAGGUACUCUUUAUGUUGGAUUUGUCACUUCCAAUCAAGAUAAGAACCGUCUCUUCACCAAAGUGCUCAACAAGGGUGAUGUGUUUGUGUUUCCAAUCGGUCUCAUUCACUUUCAACAAAAUGUUGGAUAUGGAAAUGCAGUUGCUAUUGCUGGACUUAGCAGUCAAAAUCCAGGAGUUAUUACCAUUGCAAAUGCCUUGUUUAAAUCUGAUCCUUCUAUUUCUGAUGAAGUUCUUACCAAAGCUUUUCAAGUGGAUAAGAGUAUAAUUGAUUAUCUUCAAAAACAGUCUUGGUAUGACAACAACUAGAUUGAGAGCAUGAUUAAUUAGUCAUUUCAUUUUGAAUGAAUUAUUGACUAUAAAUCUUCACUCACCGAAUACAACCGACCUUAUCUACGUACUUUUAUAUUUAAUGUAAUAAAUAAAAUGCAUGUGAGGAAUAUUUAAUCCCACAUCUGCUUUAUUUGAAAUUCAUUUUUGUUCAAUAAAUAUUUUUCUA